AUGGAGUGGACGGCGAUCGUGGUGACCAGCCCGCUGGCCGGUCUCUGCUCAUCGUUUGUUAGAGAGCUGGAGAAGCGACGCAAGUCUGGCGCGAUCGCAUCAUCAACGGUGCUGGUUGCUGCUGACGAUCCCGGGGUGAACAUCGGCAGCGGUGGCGCCACUGUCAAUGCCUUGCUCAUGGUCACGGAGAUGCUCAGCUCGCAGCAAGGCUUCACAGUCGUCAACGCGGACACCAUCGCAAAGGCGCGCAUCCUCAUCCUUCAUUUGGGCGGUCCGUUUCUGUGCGAUCCUUGCGGCAAAGCUUUCACGAACUUCGGUGCCACCUCCCCCACCAGCGACUGCAGCCUUAUCGCCAGCAAUGUUGACCAGCUGCUGGCCACAAUGGACAAACUGCAGCGCGGUGGGCCUGCAGGCGUGUGGGUGUGCAGCUCGCAGAUGCUGUUGUCAAUUCCAGACGAUUAUACCAUGGACUGGUCCUCAUUAUCGAGCGGCAUCGGCUGCGUCGCGGUGCCAGGCACCAAGGAAUACGCCCGGCAGCACGGCGUGUAUCGGGUGGAUGGUGAGAAUCGCGUGCGAGAAAUCGUCUACCGUGGCGACGCCGCCGCCAUCGCUUCAACGCAAGCACCAGACGGCACCGUUCCCUUGGUGUCUGGCGUCGUGUGGAUGUGUCCCACAACCGCCGAGCGCAUGCUUGCACUUCACACCAUUUCUCCACUUGACGGCUGCACGUACAUCGGGCUUGACAGCGGGGCGGCUCCGCUGUCCAUGUCACUGUUUCUGGACAUCAUCGCCGCUGCUCUUCCGUUUGACGGCGACAAAGAUGCUGAUCCAUUCAUCAAAGCGUGUGAAGACGAGUUACACCAGCGGGCGCGUGCACGUCUCCGCUCCCAUCUCCACGACCUCCCUGUCCACGCUAUCAUCAUCAACGAUGCCAAACACGUGUACAUGCCGGAGUCGUUUGCCGCCCAUCGCGAUUCGCUGUUUCUGAAGAGUCCACAUCGCCAGCACAGCUCGUCUGCGCUCAACUGGUGCCACCUCACGCACGCGUUUGGUGUGCGCUCGCUGGCUGCGCGGACGAAAGUGACUGUGAUCAACAGCAUUCUCUCCCCAAACAUUACAGUUGCUGACGGCGCCGCCAUCGUGCACUCGCACCUCUCAAGCGGGUGGAGCGUGGGAUCGAACUGCUAUCUCCUCGGCAUCGACAAUUCUGCCGCUCCAGUUGCUCUCCACGACGACAUGGCGCUGCUGCAGAUUCACCUGCGGGAACAGCACGCCAGCAGCGCGUUUGUUCUCGUUGGUGCCAACGACACGUUUGACGCUGUGGCGUCGCUGACGUUUUGCAAUCGCCCAAUGGCAGAGUUCCUUUCCGCCACGGGAAUCACCGUUUCGGAGCUUUGGUCCGAUGCUGACUCGGCAUUUUCGCUUCGCACCGCGCGCCUGUUUCCAAUUGCCAAAUUUGGCGCAGAGGUGACGCUUUCAGAUCUCCUGUGGAUGCAGGAUCCAGCGUCCACUCCGGACAUUCGCGCAUGUGUACAGGAGUGGAAGCGGUCCUGGCGGGUGUCCAUCAACGACAUCAUCAACGCCGUUGAUGUUGAGUCUGAGUUUGAGUGGCGGGAUGCGCUAUUCAUGGAGAUUGCGAGCAGGAAUGUGCAGCGAGCCCUCCUCUUCCCAACGCCGCCACGCGUGGACACCAUCAAGGGCGGGCCGAGCGAGCCCACGUCCUACUUCCUGCCGACAUUCAAGUUCUUUGCCAUGCACCGCAACUUCACCAUCCUCUCCAAGCUCGAUCACGUCGCCAUCACCACCUCCUCCCCAGGCGUCGCCGCCCGCGCUCUCGCGUGUAUGUCCGACGCCCUCGCUGCGUUCAGCGACAACCGCGGUGGCCUUCGCAGCGGGCCCGGCCACAAUCCAGAAUUUGCCCCCGCGCUGGCAGCACUGGACGCAGGCAGGCGCGCGGAAGGUGUUGAGAUGAUGGCGGCAACGCGUGCGUCGUGGUUGUCGACACCAGAUGCACUCAUUCGCGCCGCGCGGCAUUACGAGGCCGCAGCGCAGAUUCUCAUUCGCCGGGCCGUCAUGUCUGCCUUUGAGUUUGUGCAGACGCGUGACGCAGCUAUGCCUGCGAUUGGGCGCUGGGUGACAGCCCGGUGUGCGUCCCGCAUUGACAUCGCUGGCGGCUGGUCCGACACGCCACCCGUGACAUACGAGCACGGCGGCGCUGUUGUCAACGCAGCCAUCACCAUCAACGGGGAGAAACCGAUUGUUGUGCGCGCGCGCCGCAUCAAAGACCCGCACAUCCGGCUCGUCCUCGGCAGCGGCAGCAGCGCCCAGGAGGUGAGCGUCACGUCUGUGGCGCAGGUGGCCACAUACACGCAGCCCCACACGCCCGGCGCCCUGAUCAAGGCGGCGCUGUGCUGCGCGAAGGUGGUGAGCAUGACAGACGAUGACUCACUGCAGCAGCAGCUGUUGAAGGUGCUUGGUGGCGGCCUGGAGCUCCACUCCGAAACCAACCUGCCGACGGGCUCAGGCCUGGGCACGAGCAGCAUCCUCGCCGGUGCUGUGCUGGCCGUUGUGUAUCGUGUGAGCGGCCGCGUUGUUGACAAGUCGAGCCUCAACCACGCAACCCUCUACCUCGAACAGCUCAUGACUACAGGCGGUGGCUGGCAGGACCAGGUUGGCGGACUGUGUGGCGGUGUGAAGUUCACCCGGUCUGCACCGUCCCUUCCCCUCCACAUCGACGUGGACACGCUCCCGCUUACACCUGAGUUUAUACAGACGUUUUCCGCCCACCUGGUAUGUGUGUGUGUGUGUGUGUGUACGCGACUGGCGAAGAAUUUGCUGCAGGAGGUGGUUCGAAACUGGUAUGCCCGCUCGGCCGUGAUUGUGGAGAACACAGACGCACUCGUCGAGAACGCAGAGCGCUGUGCACAGGCGUUCCGGGAUGAGGAUCUCGCUGCCAUUGGCGAGUGCUUGAAUGCAUACCGCUGCCAGAACCACAGCACGCUCAUGGAUCGCUUUGCUCCCUACGCAUACGGCCAGGCGCUGGCUGGUGCCGGUGGUGGCGGUUUCAUGUAUGUCAUCACCAAAGAGCCGCAUGCGCGCGCGACAUUCGACACGUUGAUUGAGGAGCACUUCCGUGACACGGGCGUCACCUGCUACGAUGUUGCCCUGGACGAGGAGGGGCUCGUUGUCACCACAGACGAGUGA